UGCACAGGCAAAUUUCAGUUACACAGGCAGUCACUCAUUCGAUGAUUUGCAUGCAGACUGAGAAACAGAGCAGAAAGAUGUUUCUGUGAGUUAGGCAUUGAGAUAUCAAACACACCGAGUUUUAAACAGUGGUUCACACACACUUAAACGGACAGAUCUCGUGUGUGUAUGUGUGUGAGAGGUAAUGACACGUUAUUGUAGUCUGUUUCGUCGACUGCUGUCUCACGGCAGUAAAGGAGAGGAUGAGGAUGAAGCUGAAGGACCGAUGAAGACCGUCAGCACCGAACCUGAGCCUCAGUUGAAGGGAAUCGUGACCAGGCUCUUCAGUGAGCAGGGCUUCUUCCUGCAGAUGCAGCCUGAUGGAAGCAUCAUUGGGAGCAAAGAUGAAAACAGCGACUACACUCUCUUUAAUCUGAUCCCGGUGGGUUUGCGAGUCGUGGCGAUACAGGGCGUGAAAGCGGGACUUUAUGUUGCCAUGAACGGAGAGGGUUUCCUUUACUCAACGGACGUGUUCACAGCGGAGUGUAAGUUUAAGGAGAGUGUGUUUGAGAAUUAUUAUGUGAUCUACUCGUCCACGCUGUACCGUCAGCACGAGAGCGGACGCGCCUGGUUCCUUGGGCUCAAUAAAGAAGGAAUAAUUAUGAAGGGGAACCGGGUCAAGAAAACUAAACCGUGUUCACACUUUGUACCCAGACCCAUUGAAGUGUGUAUGUAUAAGGAACCGUCGCUGCAUGAAAUCGACGAGAAGCAGAGAUCGAGGAAAAACUCAGGAACUCCAACUAUGGGCGUCAAAAAAGAGCUGAACCAAGACUCUACUGAUCACGAAGGAUCAUAACCACACACACACACACACACACACACACACACACACACACUGACCUGUAAAUGUACACACACUCGCACACACACACACACAGUGACCCCUGGAGCUGAAUGCUUUCUUACACCCGAACAAACAACAACAACAACUUCAGCAUCAACAAACAUCAAUCGAAAACAAAAUAAAAGAAGUAACAUGAAAAAAAAAAAGAUGAAUUCUUGCCUGUGAAAAUAUUUUAGGAAUAUUUGAAAACCAGGACAUGAUUUUACAUUUUAUGCAAAGUCGGGCAAGAGUUUGUUCACGCAAGGUUGUCACGGAGACACGUGAGGGUGAUUCUGUUGGGAGUCCGAGCUUUAAGCCAUGCCAAUAUUUACACAUUGAUUUAUGAAUGCCAAAAGCACUUUCACUCACCGCUAUAUGUCGCGCACCUCAUGAAUAUUGAAUGUUCUCAUUGAUUGUGUCCUCCAAUCAUUGCUCUGGUUUUUUAUUCAAGGUGGGGGGGGGGGGGUCAUUUGAAUUCUGCUCUCUGAUUGGCUGAAUGUGGUUGUGCUCUGCUGAUAGGCUCUGACCGUCAUGUGACAUGACUGGAAUGGAAAAGUGCAUCAUAAAUCACCACGUAGGUUUGCUUAAUCUCAUUCAACUGUAAGAAAUGCAUUAAAGGGGUCUUACACUUUUAGUCAAGGUUUCGUCAUAAACAUCAUGAUUUAAUUUAUAAUUCGCGAAUCAAGCGAGCGUUUUUUUGCUACUGUACCUUUAAGACGAUAUGUAAAUGCCUUUCGUUCUGAUCUGUGAUUGGGUAAGUUACUCAAAAAAGUAAUCCAAUCCAAAUUACAAAUUAUAUCUCUAAAAUGUAAUUAGAUUACUUUUAAAGUUAGUUACUUUUUAAAACACUUUUUGUAGAAACGUUUUAUUUUUAUUUUUUUUUCAUUUAAAAAAUCCCAAAUGAUGUCUCUAUUUUCUUGUUGUAUCUUGUCGCACUCAAGUCAAACCCGUUAGGGGGCGCACGCCCGUCAGCUGACACAGAUACGCAAACAAAAAGCAGAAAUCUGUGUUACAGUCAGACACUUACAAUGGAAGUUUUUAUAUGAUUUGAUGACCAAAAAUGACCAUAAAACAAACUUUUAUUUGGCUCAAAUAAGACACAAGUUUUAACAGAAUAAUACGGAUAAGGGACAGUUCACCCAACAAUGAAAAUUCAUCAUUUACUCACUCUCAUGCUGUCCCAGAUGUGUACGACUUCCUUUCUUCAGCAGAACCCAUUUGAAGAAAAACAGAAGACUAUCUCAGCUCAGAAGGUCCUUAUAAUGGAAGUGGAUGGUAACCCGAUUUUUGAUGCUCCAAAAAGCAAAAACAAUAAGCAUUAACGACAUCCAUAUGACCUCAGUGGUUAAAUGAAUGUCUUAUAAAGCUAUAUGAUCAAUAUUUAGGCACUUUUUAACUAUAAAUAAUCGCUUAAGCAGCGCUAUGCGUGUUCACGAAAGGGCUUGCGGUCACAUGGUCUCUCAUGUAACGUAUUGUCGUUGGCAUGAUCAAUUGAGAAGUGACGCAUGCGUGACACUCCCAGAAGAGCGGCGCUGUUUACAACUGAGUAGGAGGAACGCUGUACAGACCGAAUGCUGUAAACAAAGAUGUCAGAAGAUACUGAUUUAAGAGGAUCCACUUCCAUUAUAAGGACCUUCUGAGCUGAGAUAUUUUUCUGUUUUUCUUCAAAUGUGUUCUGCUGAAGAAAGGAAGUCAUACAAGUCUGGGAUGGCAUGAGUGUGAGUAAGUGAUGAGGGAAUUUUCAUUUUUGGGUGGACUGUCCCUUUAAUUCAAGUGCUUUAAUUAAAUUAUAAGCGUCAAAUUUCUGCCUUUAAACACUCCAAAAAUUGUCCCCAUUGACUUCCAUUGUAAGUGCCUCACUGCCUUUUUUGAAGAAAGAGAGGAACGAGUCGAAAUUAAUAUUUGUGGUAAUCAACAUCAUGCCACAAAUCAGUUGAGCUUAACUCAGAUAUUCCUUUAAGUAACUAACUUUUUGAAAGUGAGUAAAUGUAAUCCGAUUACAAGAAUUUAAAUUCAAACUCUUAUUUAAGAAGAGUAAUAUAUCAAGAAUAUAUGUUCCAUGAUAUGACCCCUUUAACGCUGCCCUGGUGGAGAGAUUACGGCAGAAUGGCGUCACACAGGAUGUGAUGUCACACAGGAAGUGAUGAAACCUCCGAGAUGCGUUCAGUAGACGGAAGCGUCCGCUUUUCGUUUCAGUGCUUCUACUUAGUAUGCAUGUGGAACAACAAUCCUUACCUUUUUCCUCGAGAGAUUUGGGUGUUUUUAUCCUGCCAAAAGCACAGACUGCCCUCUGAGUUACUAAACUGGACUAAACCACUUUAAACCAGCACACACAACGUGUGUUUGGAGAGAAUACACUGCCCAUGCAGCAGAAAAACAGCUUUCCUUCACUCAUUAAUACACACACGCACGCUCAGGCUGAUUUCUGAAUGGAAUACUAGCAUACCGUGCAGUUUAGACAGUAUUAAAAAGUGUGUUUAAAUAAUAGUACACCACAUUGUUGUGUUUGUGUGACCUCAAUACAUAUGCAUGUUUAAUGCAGCGAGUGGCAUCCAGAAAUAAAUACGUUUAUUUGUUUUAUUAUCCAUUUCUGUGCAAAAAUGGCUUAACAUUCGAGCCAAUAAGUUGGCACAUUUUCAGGUAUUCCAUGCAUACUAUAGUCUGCAUAAAUAGUAUGAUUAGUAUGCUAGUAUGCUAUUCCAAAUGCAGCCACAUCCAGUAAUCAGGAAACUGUCCAACAGUAGGUUUGAUUCUGAUUGGCCAAUGAAGUCCAAGUUCCUUCCCCUUUAAAUUGCGAGCUACCUGUUCAUUGGCCAGAUCCAUCGAUAUAAAGGCCAAUCAGCUGUCGCUGGACACUGAAGGCGGAGUUUCUGAGAAGUCUUCCAUUAGUAGAGCUGCACCAGCAUCAUCAAGAGAGGUCAAAGGUCAGGGUUCUAAAGUCAAGAGGGCACACUGGGGUACAAGUAAAGAUGUCAGCCUGUAUUUCAUAAACGAUGAUUUGAUUAUUGAUUAAUGCCAUGCUGAAACGAUCUUAUGCUGAUCUGGGAAGUUCAUUUUUGUUUGCUAAUGUUUGCACUUUAAUUCUGAACACAUAUUCAUUAUGUAGAGUUCUGAAUAAAGCAUUCAACCUGCCACAGGAGGAAAAUAUCAUUCAGAAUAAUAAUAAUAAUAAUAAUAAUAAUAAUAAUAAAAGAAAGAUUAA